AUGGUCAGACGUCGCAUCCCAAAAUCUCGCGCCGGAGGCAAGUCCAAGGCACGACCACUCGACAGAAACGCAGGGAAGAUCAAGAAAUGGGACAAGCCUGCCGACAUACCGCUCGACGAGGAGGAUGAGUUCCAUCACAAUAGGGAUAGGAUUUUGCUGGACGGGAAUGUUGACCAGGGCGAGGAGGAUGAGGAGGAUGAGGUCUUUGGGUUGAAGGGGAUGUCCGACGACGACGAUGAAGACGACGACGAGGGACAUCAUGGAAGGGGACGGAGAAGACCUCGAUGA